GAGUUAUGCGGGGUUGGAGGAAUCAACAAGGGAACAUUUGCUCGCAGGCCAAGACACGUAGUACACAUUUCUGCAGAGGCACAGUAAACCUGUCACUGUCCAGUCAGUGUGCUCGAGACACAACCGCAGCUGAGACGCAAUUCACUGUUGAGUUGGCUUCCUUUUCCGAAAGGGUGUGAAGACUAUUCGCGAUAAUUUCUUAAUAAUAUCUGUUUCCUGAUUUCGUUAUGUCUUCAAUCUAGAGGCUUUAUUCAUUCUAACGUAAGUUUUGGUGCACAACACAGUGGGACAUCAUGGCUGAGGAGGAGCUCAUGUUUAGCAUGGAGGAGGUGGGCAGCCCCCUGGAUGGACCUAGGAAUGGAUGUAAUAAGAACAGAGUAUGUUUUAAAGAUUCCAAUGCCAGUGAUGACGAUGAUGAAGAUGACCUCCGCAUCUGCCCCAUCACUGACGACCCUAUAAGUCCAACCAAAGGCUUCUGUGACUACCCAAAGAACCUAGUUCGCAACCAGCAGCUUUCUAAUUCAUUGCCCAAAAACUCGUUUACAUACAAGAACAAAAAUGACAAUGAGCAGGACGUCAGGUUUGGCUCUUUAACUGAGAAAGGCCGGGCUACGUGGAAACAUGCUAUUCAGAAAGCCAAAGCCAUGCCAGAUCCUUGGGCUGAGUUCCAUCUGGAGGAAAUCGAGACAGAGCGCUGUACUCGAUACAGAUACAAUGCGGUUACUGGUGAAUGGGCAAAAGAUGACAUAUUUAUCAAGAUCUCCUCUCAGCCAUUUGGAAAAGGAGCCAUGAGAGAAUGCUUCAGAUCGAAGAAGUUAUCAAACUUUUCCCACAGCCACAACUGGAAAUCAGCCUCAAACUACGUGGCUAAGCGCUACAUGGAGACUGUGGACAGAGAGGUUUACUUUGAGGAUGUGAGGUUACAAAUGGAGGCUAAAUUAUGGGGCGAGGAGUUCAAUCGCCACAGGCCUCCCAAACAGGUUGACAUCAUGCAGAUGUGUGUUGUGGAAAUGACUAGUCGCCCUGGGAGCCCUUUGUUUCACCUGGAACACUUCAUUGAGGGGAAGUAUACAAAAUACAACUCCAACUCUGGUUUUGUGAGGGACGAUAACAUACGGCUUACACCCCAGGCAUUUAGUCAUUUCACAUUUGAGCGCUCUGGACACCAGCUGAUAGUGGUGGACAUUCAGGGUGUUGGGGACCUUUAUACAGAUCCUCAGAUCCACACUGAGAAGGGGACUGACUUUGGAGAUGGCAACCUGGGUGUGCGUGGCAUGGCUCUUUUCUUCCACUCUCACCUGUGUAAUAAGAUCUGCAGGAGUAUGAACCUCACUCGCUUUGACCUGUCCCCUUCUGAAUAUGCACAACUGGACUGCACCAACAAAUUGCUGAAUUCAGCCCAGACUGUCCUCCGCGGAUGUGAAGAGCAGUGUGGUUCGCCCAGGGUGCGGACAACCUCUCUCGGCCACAUGCCUGUUCUCCUGUCCCGGCUCUCUGAGACUUCCUCAGUUGAUGAAAACAGCGAAACCGACUCGAUUCCCUGUUCUCCACUUAGUAUGGGUGUUUCUGCAGGCCGAUCACCCAUGGGCUGGUCAUUUAUGAAUGAAAUGAAUGAGACACAUCGAGCUAACACAGAUCAUAAGGACUCAGAGAAUGGAGGAGACAGUGGUUACCCUAGUGAGAAGCGCAGUGAAGGAGACUUAGUGGAACAUCAUAGCCAGGGACGUCCCUUCUACAACAGACAUUUCUCAGAAUCGGAUGAGGACAGUGUUCGUCGGCUGACAGAAGAAAAAUGGAGUUUUUACCAUUCAUCUCGCUCCCACAUACACAGACCAUCGUGUGUGGCAAUGGAGGUGGAGAGACUUAAUGCUUUGCUUAUUGAAAGGAAAAUUGGCAAAUCCAUCCUUGGCAAGGUUCAUCUGGCCAUGGUCCGCUACCAUGAGGCCGGGCGCUUCUGUGAGAAAGAUGCCCCGUGGGACGAGAUUUCUGCAAUGUAUCAUCUGGAGAGGGCCGCCAUGUGUGGGGAGCUCGAGGCUAUAGUUGCCCUUGGCCAGUGUUAUCUUCAGCUGCCACAUCACAUUCUACAAGAGAUAGAAUUAGAGGCGUCUGAGGAAAACAGCAAGAAGGGCUUCCACUUCCUGCUGCAGGCCGCCGAGGCAGGAGACCGGCAGAGUAUGAUUCUAGUGGCACGAGCAUUCGACACGGGUCUGAAGCUCCCUUCUGAUAGGUCUAUGAACUGGACACAAGCCGUGCACUGGUACGACUCUGCCCUUAAGAUGAUGGACUAUGACGAGGGCGGAGAGUUUGAUGGGAUACAGGACGAGCCGCGCUACCUUCUGUUGGCACGAUUGGCUGAGAUGUACCAGGAGGGAGGGUUCAGCUUGGAUGCAGACCCCCAAAGAGCAGGCGAUCUUUUCACCGAGGCAGCUGAUGCAGCUAUGGAGGCCAUGAAGGGCAGACUGGCCAAUCAGUACUACAUGAAAGCAGAGGAAGCAUGGGCUAUGAUGGAAGAAUGAAAGUACUGAUUUGCAAAAAACA